ACAACGGACAAGGACGAAUAGUGUACGAGAUGGUGGCCAAUUACAAGUUAAGCGGAAACAGUGAUUUUGGUUUCGUCAGAAAUGAAGUGUUAACAAAGCAAGAUAUUCCAGUUAAAGUGCUUGAAGAAUGUAAACGUCGUUGUCAAGAGGAUCGUACAAAUAAUAUACGGCAGUGUUUAUCUUUCGACUUUAUGCCCGGUAGACGGCGCUCAGGAGUGUUUCUUGAAACUAAAAACACAGAAACUGCUAAUGUUGAUGACAGUAGUAGUAAUAAUAGAAGGGGUAGAAAGCUCUUAGCCAGCGACAGGUUCAGCGGAAGUUUACUGUCCAGUGAUCUACAAAACAAAUUGCCCCCUAAUGACAACAUAGCUGCAUUAUAUGGGGAUUCUACUUGUUAUUUGUAUUACGAUCGAGCGUCACCAGAAGGAAAUGAUAGAUUAGUCAAAGAAACUGAUUCCUGGCAUUUCAAUGAAAUAUGCCUUACUUCUUCAAAACCACUCCGGGAAUGCUCUAACAGGCUUUAUGUUUUUGAGAGAACGCCAGGAUAUCGUUUCAGUGGUGACGGAAAUGAAGUCUUUGCUGUCAAUCGAACUGAAUGUGAAGCGAAAUGUUUGAAUCAUAACAGCUUCACUUGUCGAUCCGCAACGUAUGACAGAGCAAAACAACUGUGUAAGCUAAGCAAACAGACGAAACAAAUGAAUCCUAGCAGGUAUGAAGAAGAUGUCAACAGCGACUACAUGGAGAACUUAUGCCUUCCAGACUCCCAGAUUUGCUCCGCUAAAGCUUUCAUCAUGGAGACUGGGAAGGAACUUGAUAGUGCUUAUGACCGGGAAUUCAUCACAGUUAGCGAUCGCAGCAAGUGUUCUGGGCUAUGCAACAACAGUCUAGAGGAAAGAGGCUUUUUCUGCAGGUCUUUCGUCUUUGACGAAAAGUCAAAAACUUGCCUACUGUAUGACGAAGACCCAGUAGGAUACAGGAUAGGUCCAGAAAUAAGUGAUCCUCUCCGAGGAAGUAGCGGAAACUACUUCAGAGUCCUCUGUGGGACACAUGAGCGAGAUGCUCUGUUCAAUAACGCUACUUUAGAAUGCUUCCGACGUAAGAAACUGGAUGGAUCCCACGAAAAUGAGAUCAAAUCCUAUUCGUUUCAGGAGUGUUUGGACGAGUGCAUGCGCCGUUACGGGCGUGCUUGUCGUUCUGUCGAAUACAGUUCGCUCUAUCUGUCGUGUAGAUUCAGUAGCUAUGAAGACGGUUGGGGAACUGGAAGACCAAACCUCAUAGACGACGACUAUUACGAUUACUAUGAACUUAGAUGGUAUCGAGGCGAUUGGAGCUCAAUAUAUGGUGGGGGAUAUACUCCAGAAAGAUCUGGUUAUGGAGACUAUGGUGGUAGGAAGUGGGGAGGAGGAUGGAGCGACAUUAGACCAGACAUAGGACGUUAUCCACAACCACCUCCUCCUCCACCACCUUUCGAGGACAGGUAUGGUGGAGGAUAUGGCGGGGAUUUCAGCGAGAACUAUGGUGGUCGUUAUGGUGGCGGAAGAUACCCUCCUGGACCUCCUCCUCCACCAUUACCACCAGGUCCGAACUCUAUUUAUCCUCCUAGGCUCCCUGGCCCACCCCUUCAACCAGGACCAGAAGGACUUGGUUACCCCACAUGCACCGAUCGUGGUAAUGGUGGCGUACCAGGAAGCGUACCAGGGGGCGCUGGAUUUCAGAGAGUUGGAUUUGGACAAAGGCUACGAAGCUUUUACGUUCGGCGGGUGGUGCGAGCUGACAGGGUAGAAGACUGUGAACAGGCGUGUAUUGAUGCACGUGAUUUUGAUUGUCGAUCUUUUAAUUUCAGACCCUUCUUUCCUGAAAAUUGCGAGCUAAGUGAUAUGGACACUACUCAGGUACAGCUGAGCAAUCCCAGUCAUUUUGACGACAACACACAAUUCGAUUUCUACGAACGAGAUAGUCCUGGAUCAAUACGUCAUUGCCUUGAUGUUAGCCAGUCUUGUUCUCCUGACGGUAUGGAGUUCUCUCUUCGAACACCAGAUGGCUUUUUUGGUCGUAUCUAUACGUACGGGUUCUAUGAUACAUGUUUCUAUGAUGGAAAUGGUGGUAACAUUAACGUCCUAAGAAUAAGUCGAGCAAAUGGUUUUCCACGAUGUGGAACACAGCAAUACGGAGACGUUAUGACCAAUAUAGUAGUAGUGCAGUUCAACGACUACGUGCAGACGUCACGUGACAAAGUUUAUAACCUUACUUGCUACCUUUCUGGAGUUGGAGAAACGGUGGUGACGUCAAACUACCUGGAUACUCGAACCGAUGGACGCUAUCCAACGCAGAUUGAGCACCUGCCAGCUCAGAAUAUCCUGACCUCUAGUGUUGUCUUGCGAAUACUGUAUCGUGGCACUCCAACAAACACCAUCGCAGUGGGAGAUUUGCUUACUUUUAGGCUCGAAGCUCGAGGACAGUACAGGUACGAUUUCUUUACUGGUGACAUCUUCGCAACCAAUGUCAUCGCCAAAGAUCCCUAUUCCGGAAGAGAAGUGCAAUUGAUCGAUUCAAGGGGCUGCCCUAUUGACCUUUACGUAUUUCCCGAGUUACAUCGAACACCAGAGGGCGCUCUAGAAGCUGAAUUUUACGCAUUCAAGAUUCCUGAUUCCAAUUUGCUGGUGUUCCAGGCAACAGUUCGUACAUGUCGUGGACCCUGUGAACCGACCAUAUGCAGUGACCUAAGCAGACCCGGCACUUUUCCGUCAUGGGGACGCCGAAAGAGGGCAGCUUCGAAUGAAACAACAUCUGCUGGCUCAGCCUUACCUAUCCGUGUAGCCCAGUCUAGUACAAUAGCAACGCCGUCUAACGGUACUGAUGAGGAAACAAAAGAAGAGGUACAUGAACUUCUAAAAGUGUAUUUGUCACGAUCUGACAUACCUUCUGAAGGUCCCUUUGCAGUAUAUGAAACUCCUACAGUAUGUGUAGCACAAGCAGGUUACUACACUCUGAUAGCUGUAGUAACGUUACUUAUUUGCCUUGUGAUAGGAGUAGCAGUAGCCGCUACCUAUUACGUCCGAAAAGCUAGACUUGUGCUGAAACAAUCAGAUGCUGACAGCAUGUCACCUAGUACUGCUAAUCUGUAUGUGUCUCAGUUCCAAGCACCUAGAUUUGAAGACCCCAGUGAACCCAUCUAUACAGAUCCCUCGCUGUUCGAGAGAUCACGCAGCAUGAAAAUAUCAAACUUGGGCAACAUGAAACCCGAGAAAGACGUUAAUUCUUGAGUAUCUGCACGAUUGUUAUCAAUAAUACAAUGUUACUUACAAUUUGGCUAGAAUUACCUUGACUUUAUAAAUAAAUACUUCUAGAGACUGUGGUAUGUUGUAGUCGUGUAAUUGUUAGUCUUAAACUAUAACGGUCAACAUUUUCCACUUUUAAAUUAGGAAAAUAUAGAUACUUCGUUAUUAAUUGUUUUUUUUAAAUCCAAAAUGUUAUUUCUGCUUCAUUUAAUUAUUGCUUACAAAAUUCUAACAACCUUGGUAGUUUGGUUUUUAAUUAAAGUAUCUAUUAGAGCUACUCUUACUAAGUUAUCUUCAUCAGUGAUCGGCUGGAGUAAAAUAAAUUUAAUUAUCGAAAUUAACAGAAUAUGGAAUACGUUAAAAAUUAGACUGUUUAAUAUUCUUUACUACCUUUAAGAUGUAAGUGAAUAUCACACAAGGAGAUUUAUCACGUUUAUUUAUAAUAGUGUCUAUCCUAAUGGAGUUUUAGUUGUAAUACAUCAUAAAGUUGGGAAGGUGUAUGAAAACUCAAUAAAAUAGGCAUGAUUUUAAAAGUUUCGAUGGUUUAUAUUGUCUUCCAGAAUUAUAACAUAUUUUCACCACAAUGAAAUAGACCAAUAAAAGUUGUACAAUACAAAGUGAAAGUUUUGUAUUGUAGGGAAAAUCAUAAAUGAUGCAAAAUAUGUUAUGUCUAAUAUUCGAACUAACCUGGAAAAUCUCCCUUUGUUUAAUCUAUGUGUUAAUUGAAGAAAUAAGUCGUUAGUCGGUUGUAAGUCUAGAUGGAAAGGUUCUGGGGCAUUUCUAUGUAUUCAAAGAGAUAAACGUUGGGUUGUUUAGAUAUAACAGUAUAAAAGGCGUGAUGCAAUUAUUAUUUUAUUAAUUGAAAACUUGCGAUUAAUAAACCUCUGUAAAUUUAUCCUAUCCAGCAUCUUCGUAUGGCAUCGUAAAAAUAAAACCUUCAAACUCGGAUUCAAUGACUCUUAAAAUGUGAAUGUUCAUAUAUCGACAAUCAAGAGAUGUAGUAUGGUUUACAAUAAAAUACUAAGCCUAACCUUUCUAUUUACAACUGAUGUGAAAAUGUUUUGAUUUGAAGUCGACAACUUAAAGACCAUUUCUAGUUUGAGUUCAUGAUUUUGACUAAAUUUUACAAUAUAAUAUUUAUUUGAUUUUUCAAACUUGGUUUCGAAAUAGCACUCACGAAAGCUGGAUAGGACUAAACAUAGUAAUUGUUAGGUAUAUAGUGACCCCAGUGACUCAGUAGUAAGACUAAGGCGAAACGUUGUUUUUAAAUUAUAUAUUUUUUUCUAGCUCAUUUUAGAUGUUUUUGAAUUUAAAAAAAAAAAGUAAGACUAAGGGCUUAUAACUCUAAAACUCGGAUUUCAAAACCCGCGGUGGGAAAAACGCAGACAGCUCAUUGCGUGGUUUUGUGCUUACAAACAUACAAACAAGCUAAAUAGUUUCUAUAAGUCAAGUUUUGUUCCUUAUCUCUUAAUAUAAAUGUAAAGGUCCAAUUCUCAACCACUGGCGAAUUGUAACAAAUUUUAAAAAAAGUUUGUUAAUUCUACAUACGAUACAUUCUUUGUCUAUUUUAAAAUAAGACAUUAGAUAUUGAAAUAUAUUAUAUAAACAUUUAUAUGUUGCAAGAAGAGUUAGAAUAGAUAUAAGGUAUUUUCAUCUUUGAUUCUCCGCAAAGCACAUUGUACAAGAGUAAUUUUGCCAACUGCUACAGCGUUGGACUGUGUUCAAAAUUUGCCCUUUUUUUUUACUUUAACGUGUUAAUGCUUUAUCUGGUCUCAUUAUGAGCAAAUUAUUCAAGACUUAAAAAUAUAUAAUGCUCUACUAAAUUAGGUUGUAUAAGUCAUUUUUUGAAGUUUAAUUAGAUCUAAGAAGAGAAAAUUAUGUACAUUAUUUGUCUACAUGAUUUUUGACAGGUACAGAUAGGCAGCGUGUGCUAAUAAAGUAUCUUAAAAUUAGAUUAAGACUUGCUUGCAAUAAUGUAAGUAAUACACCAGUAUCAAUCAAUUUGUGUUUCUGUAUGUAACGAGAUAGUCUAAAUACGUUCAGUUUAAAUUCUUGAUUUUAAAACUUUGAUUACUUAAUUUCACUAUACCGAAAUAAUAGAUUGCAGGCUUAAGUUCAUAAAGGCUACAGAAAAUUUUAAUUUGUUUCCUUUUAAAAAUAAAUAUCAACAAAAUUGUAAAAAUAUUCGACGAUGAUUGCAUAGUGCACAAAAAAAUAUUUGGUAAAAUAGAUAAUAAAACUUUACGUGUUUAUUUGCUACACAAUAAGAAUAUAGCUAACUUAACACCAGGGGACAGAACUGUAAGAUUAUAUUAUCAAAAAUUAUGUAACGAUAAUAUAAAAACAUGGGGUAAAGAGGCAGCAACGUGUUUGAUUUAAGUAAGGUUAUAUUUCUUCUCCAUCGCAUGUUUUAGCAGUAAAUACUACAUUUUUUAUAACUUUGACACUGAGUGAAAUAUAAAUUAAAACAAUAAAAUACCUGUGGAUUUUGUUACGUUGCCCUGCAUGUUUUUUCGUUAUACAUUUAUCAUGUCUGUAAGAAACUUAGUCUAUUAGAAACUAAGAAAUUCUUAGUUCUUAAUCUAUGUAGAUGAUAGAAAAAAAACUGGCACCUGUGUUUUCCAGAUAAAUAAAAUUAGAUAUUUUAAAA